CACCCUAAGCUGCUAAUCAUAUCUUGACUCGGCCAAAGAAAAACAAAUUUGCCGUCCUUCCUCUAACCUGAGUGUUUGAUGUUGCCUUGGAAUGCAUCGCCAUUCCCAUGUAUAUGCCCCCUUUUGGCUUUUGCAGGCUUCUCCCUUAUUCUCCCACUAUUUGUACCUCAGUAGACAACCCAUUCUUCUUCCUCCUCCUCUGUCUCUCGCUCUCUGUCAAUCCGACAGUACUACAUUUCAUUUUUACAGGUGGGGUUUUUUGAUCAUUUGAGUCGGUCGAGGAAGAAAGAGAUGGCGGAUUGGGGGCCGGUGCUAAUCGCGACGAUCCUGUUCGUCAUACUGACGCCAGGGCUGCUCUGCCAGAUCCCAGGGAAUGGCAAGGUGAUCGGCCUCUGCAACUUUCAGACCAGCCCAAUAUCCAUUUUGGUCCACACCAUCAUCUACUUUGGUCUCAUCACCAUCUUCCUCAUCGCGGUGGGAGUCCACAUCUACACUGGUUGAUCGAAGCUGGUCUCCAAAAGGUAGAACUCAGGAUGGAUUGCAGUCCAUUAUUAUUGAGACCAAUCACUUGAGAUCCUGCUGCACUUACAUUUUGGGGGGAAGAGAUACUGAUGUUAUUGUUAUGCUUCCUUGAAUUUCCUGCUUGCAUUUCUAGUAGUUGGGUUUGGCCUUUUUUCCCCUUGUUGUCUCUCCCAUCCCUCCCUAGUCCCUUCCAUGGCUUGUAUCCUUAUUUGUAUAAGUAUGUUGUGGUGUCAUUCAUGUGAUUUUAGUGGAGGUUAUUAGUAUUGUUAUGAGUAAUUAUUUGCACAAGCAACUAUGGCAGGACGUUAAAAUGAGCAAAAUUUAGAUGGAUGAAAUUAUUAAUAUUGUUGCUGCAUUGAGGAAAUUUAGACAACUAUUUUGUGUUCGUUUUGUCCAGUCCAUCCAACGAUAGAUUGACAAAUCCACCACAUUAAAAGAGGAUUGAAAUG